AUGCCUUGGUCUCUCGCUCUGCCCCAUGUGAUUCUCACCAACCCCUAUCUGGCGGUUGCGACUCCAAUCACAGCAGGGACCGCUGUGGCCCUGUUGACCAAUCGCCGGCAAACCCGCGGAACCUACCAACAGCUCCAGCAGCCGCCCUUCAGUCCCCCCGGGUGGCUGUUCGGGCCGGCAUGGACCGUCCUCUAUGGAUUGAUGGGCUACGCAUCGCACCACGCCACCACCACCGCGUCGCAGUCGUUCUCCCUGGCGGUUCGGGAUGCCAAUGUCGCCGGCCAGACCCUCUACACCACGCAACUGGCCCUCAAUUUCCUCUGGAUGCCCCUCUUCUUCGGUCUGGGUCGCCCAGCCCUGGCACUGGGCGAUCUGACCCUCUUGGCCGGCAACGUGGGUGCCUUAAUGGUCAAUUGGUGGACGGCCGAUCGGACCGCAUUCUGGUGCCUCGUCCCCUACGCGGCAUGGCUGGGAUACGCCGGGUAUCUCAAUGCCGGAUGUGGCAUCUUGAAUGGCUGGACUGUUCCUCGAAAGGAGCGGUCAGAGUAG